AUGGCUGCGCAGCCCGAGCCCAGCCCAGCCAGGGAGCCCCGAGAGCCCCGAGAGCCGCCGCCGCCGGGGAGACCGCCAGGAAGGCGCCAAAGGCACACAAAGGGGCGGGGGGAGGAGAUCGCGCCCCCGAGGGCCCCGGAGCGCGUUCCCGGGCGGCCCAGACAGGCCCUAGCGCGCCCUCUGCUGGCUCGGGAGAGCCAAACUCCAGCCCUUCAGGCGCGGCCCCGCCUCUCGCAGCGCGCGGCCCCGCCCCCGCAGCGCCCCCUGCUGGCCCAGGAGCCCCACCCCCGCCCCAACUACACCAACCUCUCCCCGACGAGGCAGCCCCGCCUCUCCCAGCGCACGGCUCCGCCCCCAAGGCGACCUCUGCAGACCCGGGGCGUCCACACGCCAUCUCCUUGCCCCUCCCAGCGCGGGGCCCCUCCAAUCCUUGCGCGCCUUUCCCCUAUGGAGCCUCCAGCCCCCGCGGACGCACCCCAGAGUGACCCCAUCGAGUCUGGGUUCAGAAAGGCUCCACCUUCUUCUGGCUGGUUGGGGCAGGGAAUCGAGCCCAUCCGCCGCUGCUGGCCAGGAGUGCGGCCCUUUGUGACCGAGGCUGGCACUCCCCCUGGUGGUCCAGGAGCGUGGCCUCUCGUGCCCCAGCACGCCCCCUGCCGGAGGAGCCUGCGCCCUCCCUCAUCUGAAAGAGCUUGGCGCAACCCUAGGCUAGCCCGGCUGGUCCCCGAGGGGAGCCCGAGGUGCUCUUGGCAUCAAGGAGGAGGAGAUGGGGCUCAUCACUGCGGUCGUGCCCUUUCCCUGCCUUGUGACUCAAGUCUGAAACCUUGGGGCAGCAGUGCCCGUCAGCUCAGAGACUGGCAAGAGAACCUGCAUUUCUGGACUCUGGAUAGCAAGUGCAUCAGAGAUUUCCUUGGUAUAGGGAGCUCCCAGGGGAGGGAGAGUCCAUCUACCAAUGAGAGUCACCAGGACUUUCAGAACCUUAAAGCCAAGUUCCAGAGCCUGCAGGCUGGGUUUGGUGAGCUACCCAAGAAGCCACCACUGCCCAAGGGCUCGCAGUUGCCAGGCCUGGGUCGAGCCAAUACUAUUUCUGAGAGUUCCUCUCCUUCUGGGGCUCCCGCUGCUAACCAGAGGGGACCUCCAUGGCCAGGACAAGGGACCCCACCUAGCCCUUGGCUCCGUAACCGAGGGAGAGGCUCUCAAGCCAGUUCCAGGACUAGGGAGGCUCCCAGAGACCAGCAGCCACCAUGGAGAGUCACAGGGAAUGAUGGGGAGAAAGCAUCCUCUCUUCCAAGCCCUACCCCCUUGGGGUCUCCAAGGACUCCUAGGAAGGAGCAGGGCCUGAGUUUUCCCCGCAGGAGACCUCUGCCACCUCUGAAGGCUCUUGGUCCCCAGCCUCCCAAGCCCCCCCUUCCACCAGGUACCCUGCACUUAGAACGUUUCAGGAGAAAAGAGGCCACCCACAGAAGGGCUACAGGCAAGAAAACCAUCUUGGGUGUGGGGACCAAAGUGACAGCGCUUCAGAAGCCAGGAUCCUUCUCCAGUAACAACUGCUUGGGCCCUCCAGGUCCUCCCAUCCCACAGAACAGUUGGAAACCCUCAGAAGAGUCUAAGAAAGAGGAAAUCUCCAAAGCUCCGAAACCCCCAAAGCCCCCGAAGCAUUACAAGAAGGAGGAGAAAGCAGAAAAGGAAUUCAGGAAGAAAUUUAAGUUUGAAGGGGACAUUGUGACUUUGACAAGGAUGAUGAUUGACCCCAAUGCCAAUACCCGCCGUGGGGGUGGUAGAAACUUGGCUAUUAGACGUGGGGAGAUCCUGGAUGUGAUCCAGUUCACCAGCAGAGAACAGAUUCUGUGCCGGGACGUCAGUGGAAAAUAUGGCUUCAUCCCUAGAAGAGCUCUGCUCCCUCUGGAGACAGAGGUAUAUGAUGAUGUUAGUUUCUAAG